AUGCCAAUGAUGGGUCCUUCUGUUGGUCCUAUGCCACCUGGUCAACCAGUGGGAAUGGCAAAUAAACCAUUAUUCCCYAGUGCUGCAGCAAUUGCUAGUAACUCUGAUGUUCGUUCAAACAGCACAAUGGUAUCUGGUGGUCCUGUUGGUGGCCUAAAUAAGUCAGCAUUUCCUGCAUACUCUGGGAAUGAUAAUGAUUCAAAAUCAAAAUCACUUAUUAGUUCUACUGGGACAUCUAGUAAAAUAAUUCAUCCAUCAGAAGAUAUUUCUUUAGAAGAACAUAAAGCUCGCUUUUCUAAGUAUGCUAUUCAUAUCGACAUUCAAAAUCCAUUACCAACAAAUAUUACUGAGCAACAUCAGCUUGGUGCACCACUCAUGUCGCCUCAUGGUCAAGUGUCUCCUCAAAGUCAACAAUUUCAACAACAACAACAUCAACAGCAGCAGCAAUUACAACAGCAACAGCAACUUCAUCAGCAACAACAACAACAACAGCAGCAGCAGCAGCAGCAACAGCAGCAACAACAGCAGCAGCAGCAGCAGCAGCAGCACCACCAUCACCAACAUCAACAACACCAACAAGCAAUUCAAAAUGAGAUGGAACGACAAGUAGCUGCUAUGGCAGCAGUUAUGCAACAACAACAACAGCAACAGCAGCAGCAACAACAAAGAUUUGCAACACCAGUUAUAUCAAUGCCUAAUAUGAUGCCCCAGCCUCCCACUGUUUUUAUGGCUCAGCAGAUGCCUACUCUUUUACGACCUUCUUUAGGUGGUUUACCACCUCAUGCUAUGAGUAUGCUGAGACCUCAAAUGCCUAUUCAUCCAGGUUUAAUGGUUAACCCACCGAUGGUCAAUCCUUAUGCUCCCGGUGGACCAAUGGGCUUCCCAGGCGCUCAAAUGUUAGCACCGAUGAUGCACCCUCGCUUCAGAUGAUCAGAAAAGAAAAAAUUUUGAAUAAUAACUGAAACGCAGUUUCAGUGAAAAAUCAGUAAGUCCWUUUAUAUUUUAAAUGUCCUUAACCCCUCGUUUUUCAUUCUUUGGAUUUUUUUUUCUUGAUUUAUUUGUAUAUUCCCAAAAAUAGUUUGUAACUAAAUGUCACACGUACAUKUUUUUGUAGAACGUGUGUGGUAGUAUUUAUUAGUGUGACGUGGAUUUCGUACAAACUUUUUACGCUCAGCAUAAAAUGCACAGCAAAUUUGUUUAUAUAUAUAUA